UCUCUCUCUCUCUAUCUCUCUGUCUUAGGGUUCUGUUAUCGGAAGUUUCUUUAGUUCUUGAAAACGCAAUUGUUUAUUCGUUUCUUGUUAGGGUUUCUUUGAACCGAAAGAGAUAGUUCUUUAUCUGAGCACUGGUUUUCAAGGGUUUUAGGUGACCGAGUUAUAAGCUCUCCAUGUGCUUGGAGUUUGUUGUGUUGAUUCCCUUUUAGAAUAUAAUUGCGUAUGAUGUAACUGUUGUUCGUUCCGAAUAGGUACGGAGAAAUGAAAUCUUGGUCGUGAAUUCUUUUUGGGUUGGUGGAAUCUGGGCGUUCUGAAGUAGUUGUAUCUGUUCUUGAGAUCGAAAAAGGGUGCCUUUUGAAGCGCUGGCUAACUGUUCAAGGUUUUUUUUCCACUAUCAUAUAUUGUUCACGGAGAAACACGUAGAGCGCGUUAAAUAUUUGUAGUGGAUUCCGAUAAGAUCGAAAGAUUCUUGCUAUGCAUAAGUCACUUUAAUUUAGUGCUUUCAAGACUUUAUUGCUGUUAUGAGGAUGGUGAUGGAUCAUGGCAUCAAUUUUCCUCAUGGAGGAGUUUACCAGCAAUCUUUUUGCAAUCAACAUGUACAUUCUUUUCAACCAAAGGAUGUAAACAGCACAACCAGUAUUUUUCCUGGUGACAUAAACACUUCAGGUGGAAUAAUUACAAAGACAGGGAUGAUAUUGAUUGGGAACUCCAGCACUCCAAACAAUGUUUCUCCCAUGAUUUUGACCAGUAAUCCUCCAGGAAAUAUCCUUCUCGAACCGGUGCCUGGACUUAAGCAUAUCGCAGCGUUUGCUGUUGAUUGGUCCUGCGAGGAAUUGGAAGUGUUGAAACAAGGCCUUGUCACAUAUGCUAGUGAACCUAAUAUCAUGAAAUAUAUCAAGAUAGCAGCUAGACUUCCCGAGAAGACUGUGAGAGAUGUUGCAAAGAGGUGCCAAUGGAUGACUAGGAAGGAGACUGGUAAAAGAUGUAAAUCUGAAGACCUUUAUGCUGGAAAGAAAAUCAAAGACAGAAAGGAGAAGAUGAUAGGUUGUUCUUCAAUGGUCAAUAUGCAUUAUAAUCAACCUGACAGUGAAUCUGCCUAUUCUGUCAUGAUGUGUGAUGGGAACCAUAUGAAUCAGUUCUCAUCUGAAGCAUUCCCAGUGGUUGACAGCAGAACAAAGAAUCUUCUGGAAGACAAUGUAAAACUUCUUCACCAGAUUGCAGUUAACAUUGAAAAUAAUGAGAUACAAAAUAACAUCGAUCUCUUAUAUUGCACAAACAACAACAUUACAGCGACUCUAAAUAGCAUGCUUGAAAUGCCUGGUGUUAUGAGCCAGAUGCCUCCAUUGCCUGUGCAUGCCAAUGAGAAUCUUCUGCAUUCCAUAUUGCCCUAUACUAGUCAGAUUUAAUUUUGACCACAAUGCCAUCUGGUUUAUCCAAAAUAAUUUGUGAAGUACUAUGAAGAUCAGAAAGAGACCAACUCAGAUCUUUUCAUUAAACAUAACUGCAGAUGAACAUGCAUGGUGCUUCUUAUCAUACAGAAAGAACAACAAAUGUUUCUUUUUUAGCUUAUAGUUUCGGAUUCUCAGAUCUAACAUUUUAAGAAACUGGCUAAGCUGGAAUCUGGUGGUCUGAUUGUUGUCAAAAUUAUGGGCUAUCACUGUUGGCGUUAGGUGAUGGAUUGAGGUACCACCCUAUGUUCGUUCUUUGGGAACCAGCUGAUUUAUACUGUACCACAUACCACAGUAGGGAAAGAUUCAGGCAUGAAACGUGGGUAUGCUACAUGUCAUGCUGCUGAAUAAGAAACAAACACAAAAUAUUUCAAGAUAUGGCAUAGCAGGAACUUGUGAUUGAUGAUCUAGUUAUGACUUCUGAUGGUUUAAUUUCAGUGUAUAGUUUGUUGCACCUUGAUUCUUGGGUUGGAUACAGGAUGAGGUUGACCAAUACAACGUGACCAUGAUGCCAAUCGAGAUUCGUUGACUUAUUUAGUGGUUACACAUGCAGCGAAUGACUUGGGUGGACCUUAGGUGAAUGGGACUGGCCCAGGUUAAGUUGCUUGAGAUUAAUAACAUUGUUUUUGGAUGUUCAGUGAGUUUAACCUUAUUACUCAUGCAAAGCAUGCUUGAGCAGAGGCUGAGCUGGCUCUUUAGCAUGUCAGAUUUUGGUCACCCGUGUCCGAUGUACCACAUUAGACAGAGUCCUGGUUAGGGUGAUAGGUUCAGGUGACUCGUUGAUGUCACUAGUAAACAUGUGAGAGAAGCUCGAGUUGAUGGUAUGGUUGUAUUUGACAAUUAACAACAUAUUGCAGCGAAUCAUGCAAGAAAGAAGAAGACAAGGAAAGCUGAAAAGGAUAAACUACUAGUUGCUGAUAAAAUGAGUAGGAGUUUUGAGGAUUCAACUGUGUAAACUUGCUCAGCUAGUAAUAUUAUCUAUCAAAAUGUACUUCAGCCUCAAAUCUUUUCUCUUUCUGCUGUUUUCUCUUUCGAUAGGCACAUGGACCUGGCAACUGUUAUGUCAAGGAAGAGCCAAGCUGCUGGUGACCUGCUGCUACCAAAUGACCGGGUUUCUGUAAGUACACGAUACUCUUAUGUAAUUACAAGGAAGGUGAUCAAAACUCUCUUUGAUACACAUGCCUUUCGAUAAGAGAAUAGAGAUUGCAUGCUCACACCAGAGGAGAUUGAAGAGCGAGUCAAUAAGAAUCCCAAGGACCUGACACUAUAUAUCAAGAUUACGAUAUAGAGCUUCUAUGUAAAUGCUUUUGUAUGGAAGAAAGUUUGUGCACCGACAGUAUUAGGUGCUUGCGGUUCAUCAAAUUCUUUCGCUUUGCUACCUAUGUCUUUUCGUUCAAGAGCGAUUUCAAAUGAUAAAUUUUAGUCCCAGAGAAUAAAUAUUUAUCUUCAUAGUGGAAUAAUCUGAAUGCAUA